CGCUCGGAUGUGAGUGCCAUCGUACGUGCUCGAAACUGUGUUGGGAAAGGAACAACCCGCUCUUGCGAAACAGUUUUCGUCGAAGAUUAUCGAUACGAAACCGGAUUAUUAACUUCGGACGUUGUGCAGUGGUAUAAAGUAGUGGCAGCUCUGAGAAGCAUCGGACAAGGCUACUUCUUGUUACGUGGUCUCGGAUAGAUGCUCAGUUGCUACUUCGUUCACGGUGUUACCAAAUUUCAGAAGAAAAUACCCACCUGGACUCGAAUGCGCAAAGCUCGCCAUCUAUUUAUGAAGGUCCCGACGCAAUGCGUAGUGUUCGGUAGUCCGUUCCCCGUGUCGUGCUAUGUUUUGGCUCAUUUACUGAACGCUCCUUUUACGUACGACGUGCUAGAAAGCCAUUUUUUCUCUCAAGGUGGCGUGUUGGACAUCCAUCUCGAAGCGUUCAUCUCCUAUGCUGUUGUUCAGAUGCGUAACGUGUGGAUAUACGCGUUGCUUUGGCACAUGGUGGUGACUGUAACAACCUCACGUUGGCUAGCACGCAGUAACCAAUCGAACAGCGGUAUUAUUGGCGUCCCGGAAUUUUUACUAAGCGCAUUUUCAAGUAUCACGUUGAUCGCGCAGUAUCGCUCGACAUCGUUUAGAUCGUCUAAAAUUCUUAGAAUGAUGGUACUUCCUUCUAAUUUAAGUCGAGCGUGGGUGACUACGAAAUACCAGUACAGCUUCGCGCAUCGAGGAAGUGGCAGUGUGUUACUCGGCGGUGUGAUUAUAGAUUUGAAAUUUCUAAUUUGCUUCGUGCUCGUCGUUGCUGGAACGUGGGUAGUUCGCGUCUUAUGGCUGAAGUUGGUUUUUCUAGCUCCGACUCCUGUGCCGUACUCGGCUGGAGUCUUAUGGCCUACUGUGAGUAUGUGUGUUCAUUGGACAAGCGAUUUCUUUUGUAUCCGAGAUGAGACGUAUCAACGACGUAAACAACAAUUGCAAGUACCGCAACGAAAACCGAACUAUGGGGACGGACGAGUGAUUCCCUUUACCGCCAGUUUUCAGUCGAAGCAAGUCGUAGCCGAAGAAAUGCGACUACCAGUCAGAAAAUACAAAUACAGUGCCCCUACUGCACGUAUAAAUAUGAAUACUUUCCGGUAUAUCCAGCAUCAAAUGAAGUGUUUACAUGGCCGAUCCGAUGAUGUCGAAGCGAACGUUGCAUUCAUGAACGCCGUGCUAAUGAGUGACCCUAUCGCGUAUCUGCGAACUGUACUUGGGCAAGAUCCAUCGACUGAAUUGGCUUAUUAUCAAUCGCUCUUGCGUCCGCGGCAGGUCGUUCUUCUGCCUGUAGUCGUGGUGGGAGAUCACAACGAGUACACGGGAAAGUUGAAGCUACUUCGACGAGUUAAUGCGUCGGAACUCACUUGGCCGGAACUCGUACAAUGCGGAUGA